CAUCAAUGUCUCUUCUUUGUGCUAAAAUUGCACCCCACUUCAAUUCCACAUCCCUCUCUCACCAUCAUCAUCAGGUAUCCUUUUCUUCUUCAAUACUCAAUCUUUUCUCUCAUUCCAUCACAAAUUUAUCAAAUUUUCCAUUUUUUGGUCUCAAGUUUCAUUUACAACGCUUGAAUUGCUUCUCCCGAAAAUGUGCUACCUUUUUCAUGCACAAUCGCUUGCCUGACCUGAACAAUAAUACCCAUUUGAGGCUUUGCUCAAGUAACACCAAUGGCAAUGUAAGUCAGACGUACGAGCUAUCAGAUUCAAGCAGCCAUGAUGGUUCAGAAGAAAACAACGAGAGUAAGAAAGGAAAGUCGCUAUCAAUCAAUGAGAUCAUGAAGAAACUGAAGAGAUAUGGGGUUUCUGGAAUCCUAUCCUAUGGACUUUUAAACACGGCAUACUAUCUCACAACGUUUCUUUUUGUGUGGUUUUACAUUGCUCCGGCUCCUGGAAAGAUGGGUUAUCGUCCAGCUGUAGAAAGAUUUCUCAAACUGUUGGCGAUGGUUUGGGCCGGUAGUCAAGUCACAAAGCUUCUAAGAGCCGCCGGAGCAUUGGCACUAGCGCCGUUUGUUGACAGAGGAUUGACCUGGUUUACUAAUAAGUUUAAGUUUCAAUCACAAGGGAAGGCUUUCGCGGCAAUAGUUGGAUUCUGUUUUGGAUUGGCCCUCAUUGUAUUUUUGGUCAUCACACUACUUUGGGCCUGAAUGCAAUUUUGCUACUCGAGAGGACGUCCAAAUGUAUAAAACAUGGUCUUGAAUUUUGAGUUUGUUACAUAUGCUCAAAUUCCGCCUUCAGAAUCAGUGCACUGUUAUAAAGAAGAAUGAUAUGGAGUGGCUGUAUGCUUUCAUACAUGGGAUUUUCUCCAAAUGUAAACUUUGGAAGUGUUCUUCGAACCUGAACACCUUAUCAGUAUACUCCACUUGUAGACUUUGAAAUGAAAUCACAUAAUUUCACAUUUUUCUUGUAUGUUAACAGCAAAGUCGACCUUAGAGUUAUCAGAAACUUCUUUGUUAUUGUCAUAAUAUACCAACUUCGAAUUUCCAACC